CUCAAUGCAUGUAUCUUUUAUUUUCUCGUACCUUUAGAGGUAUUUAACUCCACCACAAGUGGGUUUCAUCUACAUUUAUGGACAUUUUGUGGGAUUUAUACGCUUUUUAGUGUCGAGUAAAACCACGACACCCCUCUUUUCUUCCCCCGGUCGAAACGCCCAAACGUCCAGCUGAUUGCUUCAAUUAUUCCAGUUUAAACUGAGCCGUUUUGUUUGACUUAACGGAUGGUUUUUGUCGCCAAAAGGGGCCGAGUUCGCCACCUUUUUUCACCCUAAUUGUGGAUUUAAAACAAGAAACAGCACUUAUUUUAAUUUUUCUCUAACUUGGGCCGUUUUCUUUCUCCUCACUGAAGAAGAACCAGGCCUCAUCCCCCAGCCUCGCGUUUCCAUAUCGGCUUUUUUUUUUGUUGGAAGUCAUGGGAGACACAAGUGAACGAAGCAAACCGGCGACUCUUCCUCCCCGGUGUCCCUGUGGCUUUUGGGGGUCCAGUGAAACCAUGAACCUCUGCUCCAAAUGUUUUGAUGACAUCGAGAAGAAGCCGGGGGAGGACUGCGACUCUAAGCCCCUCCAAAGCUCCGUCGGCAGCCAAUCAGCAGUCUUCAGUAGCGAGACGAGCAGCAGCAGCAGCCAAUCACAAUCACUGUCGUCGCUUUCGUUGCCGCCCUCCAGCUCCGAGCAGCCGUCGGCCGAAGAGCCCUCGCACUCGUUUAGCAGCUCGAGGGAAGGCAUGUCGUCCACAGAAACCGCCCACGGCACGCUGCUCACGCCCACGAAACGUCCUCGGGAAUCAGCGUCGGGCUCUGAGAGCGAGGCGACGCCGGAGAAGCGGCCCCGUGCGGAGGAGAAAGAUGGAGGAGGAGGAGAGGAGGCCCGCGGGACGCCCAAGCAGAAGAACCGCCGACGCUGCUACCGCUGCCAAACCAAACUAGAGCUGGUGCAGCAGGAACUGGGAUCCUGUCGCUGCGGCUAUGUGUUCUGUAUGCUGCACCGCCUCCCCGAGCAGCACGACUGUCUGUUCGACCAUCUGGGCCGCGGGCGAGAGGAGGCCGUGCUCAAGAUGGUGAAGCUGGACCGCAAGGUGGGGCGGUCGUGCCAACGCAUCGGAGAGGAGUGCUCCUAACAACCAGCCGCCAUGAAGAGGAGGAGGCGCUUAGGAAGAGAGGAUGAGGAGGAGGAGAGAAGGAGGAAGAGGACACAUGGAGAUAAGGGGGGGGGGGAAGGAAGAAUAAGAGGAGGAGGAGGUUGUAACAUCUUGUGUGUGAACUCAGUAUUCUGUUAUUGUCCUGGUUUCCUGCGAGGAGUGUGUUUUGGACUCCUUUCUCGACCAAUGGGAGGACAAUAGGGGUGCGUUCAGUAUCAAAUGUUCACACACACGGCCUUAACAGAUCCGGUUACAUUAUGCACGCCUCGCCACCAUUUCCUCCGCCUUGUUUUUUCCCAGUACAGGAAGAUACGGAAAGUUGUAGCUGGAUUUUUUUUUUUUGGUCGCGGUGGAGCUCUAUCCCACGAUUACUCCUCAGGUCGUUAUUAAAAAAAGGGGGGUCGGAGGAUCAAACCGCGCCUUCCUCUUCCUCCUCCUCUUCCUCUUCCUCCUUUCUUCCACCAACAUUACGGUCCAUGCACAGCGCCACUAACUGCUGGUGCAUGGUGCCGGCGACAGUGUGUGUGAGUGUGUGUUAAAGUGACGCAGUCCAAGGAGGCUGUCCUGGUUUUUCUUUGUUUUUUUUUUUUUUUUCCCGCUCUGUUUUUACUGACGUCGUGGAGGACGAUACAGCCGGUCCCUGCCUCUGCUCACAUGGAUUGUCGAUAAAUAUAAAUAAUAAUAAUAAGAAGAAGAACCACACUAAUGGACAAGCAGAUCUUCCUCUCCUCCCCUUCCUCUUCCUCGGAGUAGUACUGUUGUUUUACAUAACGGGGAAUCGGCUGAAUUUUUUUGUAUAAAAAAACUAAGAGUUCUUCGCCAAGACGCCACGUGUUCAUUUAGGAAAACGACGUUCAUCCCCGAGUGUCUCUGGGGUUGUAGACGAUCAGUUAAGAGUGCUAAAUCGAAUGCAUGAAUCACCCCUGAAAUUGUUCUAUAAUUUAUUUCUUGUUUUGUGGGUGUCAUUUAAUUUUUAGGGGGGGAAAAUGAUUCUUAAAAAAAAAAAUGUUAUAAUUUCCUUUUUAACUUUAUUUCAUAAUCCCUCCCAGAGGUGUCAUUUCUGCUUGUGAGCGCUCACCAAAUCGAGUUUAAAUCAGUGAUGUCAUAUUGAUACGCUUUUUGUUUUAGGCUAAUAUAAUUAACCCAUUGGUUAAAUGGGAGAUGUUUUACACUUAAAGUUAAAAUAAAGAGUGUGACUCUUAAAUCUCCACUUAAGUAACAGAAUCAACCAUUUUGUUUUGGUUCUUUUUAGUUAAGUUGUCCUAUUGAUUAACCUUAUUCAGGUCCGUUACAGCAGUCCCUGGUAUAUUUAGAUUUUGUCGGACGCUGUCGAGGUUGUUCAUCUGACAUCACAGAUUCAAACCAGUAAUGAUGCCUAAAGUAAAUUCUUAUAUUGAUUGGUUUUCCAUUUGUUCAUUCACAUUUGACCACUGUGUUCCCGCUCUUAAUCAGCCUCCAGUCUGAGUGUUGGACUUUGUGCUGUGCAUAUGGUUCACUUUCACACCUCUCUCUUCCUCAGGGGCUUUCCACCAAAAUCAACUUUUUUUUUUAUUUGUGACAAUGCAGAACUUUUUUUUCCUUCUUCAAAUGUACAUCUUAAGUUUGGCAUUUAGCGCACAUUGUAGAUGCAUUUAAACACAGGUACGGAAUAUCCUUAAAUGCAAGUUGCAUUGUGUACUUUAGGGUUCUCAAGGCGGUAGAUGUCCUUGAAUGCAUCCUUUUUUGAUUUUUGCAAAUUAACUUUAAGGAAAAGUUGAUUCAGGUGGAAAGCCCUUAAACCAGACACCACUUAACUUAACUAUGCUAAUCCUCAUGCACACUUUAUUGUUCUUCCUCACCUCUUUUCCCAUGAGAACGCAGCGAGAGAGAAAGGGAGACCGCAGAAAUGUCGCGUCUCGUUCUUAUUUUGAUUUUGUUUUGAGGGCUAAUGAAAAAUGGAAGAAAUGGAAUAUCUUUCUUUACCUUUUUUUAGAGACAAAUUAUUUAACCUUAUAUCAGUUUGAGUUACUUACACCCUAGCAUAGAGUGGCAUAUUUAGUUAAAUGUAUAAAAAAAAAGACCAUAAUUCUGUCCUAUUUUCUCCUUUUUAAUUUUAUCGUGUUCCAUUUUCUGCUAAGGAAAAUAAACUGGAUUAGAGCAUGUGGUGUGUGUGUGUGUGUGUGUGUGUAUGUGUGUGCGCGUGAGUGUGUGUGUGUGUGUGUGUUAAUCUGUGUUUCUUUUCUCCAUAUUGGCAUUUGUUUGACAAAAUAAACCAUAAGCAGAAUAUCCA